AUGGUUAAAUUUUUAUUUAAAGUAUCGGGAGUGUUAGAGGGUGUGACGGACUUAGAGCCAGUGGAUACACCACAACAACCAUUCGAAUACACUUUCCGCAUUGAAUGUACCAAGUGUCGAACAAUACAUGACAAGGCGAUUCAAAUCAAUCGAUUUGAAAAACACGAAAUGGGUGGAUCUAGAGGCGAGGCAAGUUUUGUAUUUCGCUGCAAGGAGUGUAAGUACGAAAAUUCAGCCAAUAUUGAGAGGACUAAAGAGACAUUACAUUACGACGAGAACAAGCCAGUGCCGAUACUUGAAAUCGAUGCCAGAGGCUUAGAUUUGAUCGAGUUUAUUCCAAAUGGGAAAUUCCAGGCAAAAGGGACUGAGACAGGCACGAUAUUUAAUGAUAUUGAUUUACAGGAUUCAGAGUGGUAUGACGUGGAUGAAAAGACGAAUGAGGAAGUAUCUAUCACUGAAGUCAAAUGGACGAUUUCGAGAUCAUAG